GCCUUCUUGUCGUUUUAAGCGCUGCACUUCGACAGAUGCGUGCUCCACAUCUGUUAUAUAAAUGACGAGCAAUCGCCUUCAGUCCACCAGGACACCUGAGAUCCAGGAGAGCUGCUCACAAGAAAGAGUGUGUCAUCAGAGCAACAUGCCCUCUCAUCAGCUGGUGUUCGUGGUCAUUGUUGUGAUGUGGAUUGUGACGGUCACAGAUUCAUAUCCAUACACACCAGACACAGCCAUCCCUGCAGAGGACAUGACCAGAUACUAUACUGCACUACGACACUAUAUCAAGCUCAUCACACGACAAAGGUUUGGGAAAAGAAGCAGUCCUGAGCCCAUGUUCAUGAGUCAGCUGUUGAGAGGGACACAAGAAAGCAUUCCUGACUCAACAUAUGAUGAAGCAGACACUGAACCUGACAAGAUCAGAUUAAAGGAAAUAUCCAAUUGGUAAUGACCAAGUGAUGCCAGCGGUGACCAGAGAAUGGCAGUUUGUAACUUUAAACCUUUGCUCUGAUAUUGUUUUCAUACACUUUGGACAUUAUGUUCUGUAUUAUUAAUUAUACAGUGUUUGUCAAUUAAAUGCAUUGAAGAAAUUAAAA